UGAUUUGUUUAUUGUGACUUGCUGUCUCUGAAUUUCUUACCAGAAAAUCAGAACGAGUGUGACGAAGCAGCUGGACAAGAGCCAGUGUCCGCCAGCAUGGAUCUACUGGAGGUUCAGAAUGACGACGUGCUCCAGGAGUCCCAGGAUGAAUGUGUUUUGGUGCCUUCCAUUCACCAGGAAGGUUCUGACUGCUAUGAGAAGUACAGUGAUGGAAAAUUUGCAUUUCCUGAAGAGAAAGUGAUAUGUGCUCUGGAGGUAGCCUGUGGUUCCUCGCAUGUUAAAGCAGAUGAAAUUGGAGCUGACUUCCCAGAAAACCAAAAUGAUCAAGAUGGGUUGAAAGGAGCAGAGCCAGUUAUCUGCAGGCUCAGCACAGAGCUGCCGCAGAUGGUAGAGGAUGACAUCCCACGGCACUCAGUGGAGGAGUACUAUUUGACUUACUUAGCUCUUCCUGACCUGUCAGACUCCUUCUGGCCUUAUAGGAGCGCCGCCAUCUACUCAUUUGAGGGAUUGGAACUCUCUUAUGCUCGGGAUGUAACCAGUGAGUACUCUCUUAUCGAUGUGAUAAACCUCCAACUGCACUGCCAGGUAGAGCUGGUGUCUUUUGCGCUUCACACCUCUGGCGGUGCCGAGCUAUGGCGUCCCUGUGGGCAGACCCUAUACAUUUAUAUUGAGAAGGUUUAGGUUCUAGAAUUCAGUUUUAAGCACAGACAUCAUGCGGGCCAGGGAACUGUGCUCUCUAUCCCAGGUCAAGCCUAUGUGUUGGGUCCCAAGAUAGGUCACUGAACCGAAGGCAAGUGUGACAAUGUCACUCACCUCUGUGCAGUUGUACAGAGGUGUCUUUUUUCAUGAUUCCCAUCAAAUGUCUUUUCUACUUAUAAGGUUCUCAUGUUCAUACCCCUAAAAUAUCCCUGGAAUUUCUUUCCUUCAAAAGAUGUUGACAGUGUUAACUACACCUCUGGAUUUGUUGUUUCCCUGGGGUCACUGCUGUCAUCCCCAGUGUCCGUCUCCUCUAAGUGGAGGAGCCACCUGAACACCAGGACACAAACAUCCCUACUAUCACCUUGCAUGUAUCUUUCCAUGAAGUGCGGC